GACAGAACGUGACACCUCCCAUUUCCACCUUCAUCUAAAACUCACUUCCUCCAUCACAUAAAGAGAUCUACCCUAGACUACCGGCUCCUACUCCUCUCUGGCGACACAGCAGAACCAAGCAGGGAGCCUGACUGAGCAGAACAUUUCCCCAUCACUAAAACAGGUCACCAUGUCCAGGAAGGUAGUCAGGGCCAGUAAGUUCCGUCAUGUCUUCGGCCAGGGGGUGAAGGCUGACCAGUGCUACGAUGACAUCCGCAUCUCCCAGAUGACCUGGGACAGCAACUUCUGCUCUGUCAACCCCAAGUUCGUGGCCAUGAUUGUGGAUGCCAGCGGAGGAGGGGCCUUCCUAGUGCUGCCUCUGAACAAGACGGGUCGUAUUGACAUGUCCCAGCCCACAGUCUGUGGACACACGGGCCCAGUGCUAGAUAUUGAGUUCUGUCCCCACAACGACAACAUCAUCGCCAGUGGUUCAGAGGACUGCAGUGUCAUGAUUUGGGAGAUCCCGGAGGGUGGCCUGGUCACGCCCUUGAACGACCCCGUGGUGAAGCUGGAGGGGCACUCCAAACGCGUGGGCAUCCUCAGUUGGCACCCCACUGCCCACAAUGUGCUCAUGAGCGCAGGCUGUGACAACGUGGUGAUCCUGUGGAACGUGGCGUGUGGAGAGGCCAUGGUGAGGAUCGACUCGGUCCACCCUGACCUCAUCUACAGUGCCUGCUGGAACAGGGACGGCUCCCAGAUCCUCACCUCCUGUAAGGACAAGACCAUUCGUGUGCUGGACCCCCGCAAGGGCACAGUCAUCGCCGAGAAGGAGAAGACACACGAAGGCUCCAGGCCUGUCAAGGCUGUGUUUGUGUCCGAUGGGAAGAUCCUGAGCACCGGCUUCAGUCGCAUGAGUGAGAGACAGGUGGCACUUUGGGACCCGAAGAGCUUUGGGGAGCCACUCACCCUGCAGGAGUUGGACACCAGCAGUGGUGUCCUAUUGCCCUUCUUUGACCCUGACACUGGCAUCGUCUACCUCUGUGGCAAGGGUGACAGCAGUAUCCGGUACUUUGAGGUGACGGAUGAAGCUCCCUAUGUUCACUACCUGUCCAUGUACAGCAGUAAGGAGAGUCAGAAGGGCAUGGGCUACAUGCCCAAGAGGGGCCUGGAGGUCAACAAGUGUGAAAUCGCCAGGUUUUACAAGCUCCAUGAGAGGAAGUGCGAGCCCAUUGUCAUGACGGUGCCCCGCAAGUCUGACCUGUUUCAGGAGGAUUUGUACCCAGACACCAUGGGUCCAGAGCCGUCUGUGGAGGCCAAUGAGUGGUUUGAAGGCAAAGAGGGCCAACCUAUCCUGAUCUCCUUGAAGGACGGUUUUGCGACAACCACCAAAUCCAAAGAGUUCAAAGUUCACAAAAGUCUUCUGAAGACCACAUCAGCAGCCAUGGGGCAUCAGCACGGUAACACUGGGGAGGUACAUGCCUUGCAGAAGGAGGUGAAGGCUCUGAAGGAAACAGUAGAGGAGCUGACCAAGCGCGUGAGCGAACUGGAGAGCAAGAAUUGAAACAGAGCCCUUGGGGUCGAGAUGGAGCUGGUGGAGAGAGAGAAGGAGGUGUAAAGAGGAGAAGAUAAAGAGGAGAUGAAAGUCAAAUAGUUAUAAAUAGUUGGGGAUGUUUGAAGGAAAGAUGUUUAAAGGGAGAGUUGGAGACAGGAUCCAUCAAUAUCAGCAGCCAAAUAUUUUCGGGUCUGGAAGCUUGAAUUCGUUUUUUGGUGUCAGUUGUCACAUUUAUAGAGACUUGUUUUUAAUAUAUGCUCUUACAUAGUUGGAAAUAAAAGUCCUUAAUAUUUUCCAAAAUAUUUAAAAUUGUUUUGCUUUUGUUAACAUCUCCAAAGGAGAUGACAAUCAUUUGUAUUGCAACAGAAUAAAAUAAAACAUGUAUUUAUUAUUUGAUACACAAAAGUAAAAGACAAGCUGAUUUACAUAAGAAAAAUAAUUUUGAUCUCAUGGAUGUAAAUGAUAUAUACAGUCAUUUAACUAUACCUGUAUUUGGAGAUGCAUGACCACUGAGUCCCUCACCUUGCUCUCUGUUGUUCAUUCAUGGCAUUACAGAAGCAUGUCACCCAUUAUUAAAAACCUCAACGAGAUAACACAUUACAACAAGGGUGUCAAACUCCUUCUGCCCCGGGGGCUGCAUUUGGUCUUCAACGAGGUCCACACGGAAAAUUGGUUAUAUUUCCUCGCCGUCACAAUUUGUCAAAUAAUUUCCUCUAUCCAUCGUUUUUGGAAUUUCCGGUGCUCCUUGACUGUCUAACCUUCAUGUAGGUGAUUAUUAGCGAGUUGGACACAGUUGAGAAACUGUAUGAAUGUCGGUACAUCAUCAUCUCUACACAGUUUCGAUUUGUAGUAUAUUACAGUAUAUUGAGUUAGUCCCCCCCACAAAACAAAUAAACAUAUAUGUGUAUUUUAAAUUGAACCACCAUAUUGGACCCUUGGAUUAACUACAACUAAACCAGUAUUACUACUUUGAAAUAUUCAAUAUUUACAACCAUUAUUUCCACUAAUAAUGUUCCUUCUUUAUCCUCAAGGUUAAACCCCUCCCCUUUCUUGUUUCCAUUCUGUCUGACCCAUUUCCUUUCCAUCAAACUAUCUCUCUACACACAUAGAAACAUACAGAGGUGUAAUACAUCAAACUAUCUCUCUACACACAUAGAAACAUACAGAGGUGUAAUACAUCAAACUAUCUCUCUACACACAUAGAAACAUACAGAGGUGUAAUACAUCAAACUAUCUCUCUACACACAUACAAACAUACAGAGGUGUAAUACAUCAAACUAUCUCUCUACACACAUACAAACAUACAGAGGUGUAAUACAUCAAACUAUCUCUCUACACACAUACAAACAUACAGAGGUGUAAUACAUCAAACUAUCUCUCUACACACAUACAAACAUACAGAGGUGUAAUACAUCAAACUAUCUCUCUACACACAUACAAACAUACAGAGGUG